AUGGACAAGGUUUCUGUUCUUAACAAGGCCAUAGAAUACGUGAGGUCUCUUGAGCAGCGUGUGAAAGAUUUGGAGAUAGAGAAUAAGAAGAGGAAGAUAGAAUCAGAAGGGUGCUUGAAAGUGAGCAAAAGCAACAUGGUUGGUUAUGACUUUUCAUGGACCUCUCAUGCUUGUUAUGAUGGUGACGAAGCUACCAAGAAAUGUUCGAAGGUUGAAGCAAGAGUUGCAGGAAAAGAUGUACUUAUCAGAGUAACGUUUGAGAUGCAAAGGAACAUUGUGCAGAAUGUAAUGGCCAAGCUUGAAGCUCAUAAUCUCUUUGUUCUUUGCAGCAAUGUUUUGCCUUUGGGAAUUUCCCAGGUUUGGUAG